UUCUUCUUACCGUCCGUCCGUCCGUCUGUCUGUCCGACCAUUCGUUCGCGUGUGCGCGCGUGUAGCACAGCAAACCGUGUACUUGCUCGCACGCCGAGAAGAGAGAGCGAAAGCGGAGCCUCAGACGACGCCGCGGUCGUCAUCACCGUCGUGUUCGUUCGACGCUGCCGGAGCACUUCGGAGUCGUCUUCGGAGACUGCCCGUUACGUCAGGAAUUCUCGUCGGAAUUUUGUUGGUUAUGGGAGUGAGAGCGGAAAUAGACUGCGCGGCAAAUCGUGGUGGAUCCAUGGAAGGCACAUUGGAAGAACCCCCUACUAAGGACUCUUCUCGGAGCAGUCCUGACAAACAUCUGAAAGAUAUAGUUAUACCAAACGGAGUCAAUGGGAGCUAUAGUGCUGACAACGAAGAGUAUAUGGAUACCAGUGACAAUACUAACAAAACUCUGUCACAAGAGAUGGUCACAGAAGAGGAAGAGGCUGAGGCUGAGGAAGAAGAUGGAGACGAAGAGGAUAACGAGGAUGAUGAUCAUGAGAGUCAGGAUGGAGAUGAGGAAGGUAGUGAGAGAAAAGAUGCAAUAGAUAAUAGUAAUAAGGAGGGUGAAACGGAUCAGCCCAAAAAUGACUUUAAUAUAAUGAAAUCGUCCGACGGUGUCAGUGAGACGAACAAUUCUAGUGAAGUGUCUAAAACUGAAGCCAAGUGUAAAACCACCACAUCUUGUGACGAGGCUAUAGAAGUAGACGAACAGAGCAACAACUCUGACGUAGAGUGUCUCGACGAGAGCAUUACAGAAAUACAAUUGGAUAAUGACGAUGUGUUCAUUUCAAAGAAAACUGCUGAAAAACAAGACAAUGCUGAUUUGUCGAGUAAUAGCGAUGUACAACAAUUAAACGACAGUAGCGAAAUGGCUGACAGCAGUUUGGAGAUUUCGGAUAUCAAGCUCUGCGAAGAAAAUGGUAGCUGCGACAGUCCCGAUAUCGAAGAGAUAACCGACAAUGCGAAGAACAACAGUCAUAAUGCGUCAGUAGAACGUGCUAUUAAGGAUCCCACGAAACAGCGGAAACCACGUAAACAAUUAGAUCUUAGUAGUAUCACGCCGAGAAGAAGUUCGCGCAACAUCAAACGAACGAGUUACAUAGAGAAAGAAGUCGAAGAGGAAGUGGAAGACGACGGGUCUGACAUAGAAGAGAUCAAGCCGGAGGAUCCAUUAGCCGGUAUCGAUAGUAAGGACAAGGAGAAUUCGAAAUUGAAGUCACCGAUCAAGAAUAGCAGCAAAACCACCAUCGUCGUGAACGAUACUAAGCGUUUGGUGGAGAUAGCUGCUGGUAGCAAAUCCAUGAAGGGCGGAAAGAAGGAACCUACGUUAGUUAUAAUAGACACUAACUCUAUUCUUUCGGGACGCGGUGGAGUGCCUGUAAGUAACAGCAAACCUCACCACUCUGUCUCUAACUCCAGUCCCUUCUCGGUAGUACCAAUGGGUAUGGGGCAAACGCAAACUAUGUAUCCUAAUAUGAGAACAACUAUCACGCCAGUUCCCAUGACUUCGAAAACGGCGCAGUUGAGCCCGAAGACCAGCAGUAUGACCACAGUUACGCCGACGGUACCACCGAUUUUGCCGACGCUGACUGACGAUAUGUUCGUGGUCGAGGCGCCAUCCUUCAUAGUACCUUAUGUGUACGAGAAACCGCCUCUGAAGCCACUGAAAGAAUUCGUCUCUAAAUUGGAAAAGAGCAUCGAGGAGCGGGAGAAGGAAGAAAAACUGAAGAGAAAUACUGAAGAGAACAAAGAAGGAAACGAAGAGCAAAGAGAAGAUUCUUCAGACGCUACUAAGAAGGCCAGCGAGAAGUCUGAGGAGAGCGAAAGUGAGGGAAGAAGCAAGAAGGAUAUGGAAGACAGAGCAGUUGACAAUUCAGUAGACUUGGCCGAACACGGAUUUAGUAGUUUAGGUGAUAAGAAUGAUCAUCUGCGGCAAGAAGACAGGAACAAAAUACCGACAUACUUCGAUUUGCCGCUAGGUAAAUUCUUCAUACAAAUUGGAACGAGCCUAGUUCAGGAAUAUGUGCAAACCGAUCUCUUACGAACUCAAAAGCGCAAACAAGGCAAGGGCAGCACGUCGGCCGAGACUCAAUUAGCUAUAAACUCGCUUAUCAAGAAUUUAGAAUUUAGUAAAGAGAACAAUGAACCAUUCCACUUAGAGAUGAAGAAAUGCGAAUUCUGUAGUUUUAAAACGGAAUCGACCUUAGUCAUGCAGCAUCAUCUAGAAACACCGCAUAUGCGCAAUUACGUUUACAAGUGUAACUUUUGUCCGAUCGAGGUGCGUAGCCCUCAUGAUAUUCUCUUUCACAUGGAGGCGGAGCAUAACACUCGCGGUAGAUUGGAACGCGGUCCAGCCUUCCAUCAGUGCCCGAACUGUCCGUUUGAGGACAAUCAGAAAGGCAAAUUGACGCGACACAUUCUCGCCUGCACCAAAAAAUUCCGACCGGAACGGAAUCUGGAACCAUCUGCAGAUUGGGAGCCACCAGCGAAGAUACCGAGACUGAAUCGUGCAAGACCUGUUGGGCCGACUAAUCCGAACGCUCUCGCUGCAAUGGCAAUGAGUGCCAAAGGCCCACAACCGUUAUUGCCGAAGUUGCUUCCUGCGCCGAUUACCGGUCGUGGAAGAGGACGACCACCCAUGCAACCAAGAUACUCCGAAUUGAAAACACUGCGGCCAGGCGCUGCUGCAAUACGGCAAGAUAAUGUUGCAGGAAUGAUGUAUCGUCCUACAUCCUCCGGUUUAUUGGUACCGACGUCAUACCAAUUUGGUAGUAAUCAAAUAUUCCAGGUGGUGGGUGGCUCUGGGACUGUCAUGUCGGCUGUCUCGGGAGUGAGUAGCAGUAGCGGCGGCAGUUCCGGUCAACCCACACCAAUUGCACUUGUACCCAACGUAAUCGACUCUCUGUCUAGGUUGUCCUCAUCACAGAACACAACAUCCAACCCCAAGAACCCUACAGCGAAGCUGUUAAGUCAGCCAAGUAUAUCUAUCACUCCACUACCACGCACGACAUCUCAAACCUCCAUUCCAGGAUCAGGUACUUCUGCGAAAUCUGGAGGGAAAAGUUCAUUUGUCAUAUGUGAAAUUUGUGACGGAUAUAUUAAGGAUCUAGAGCAGCUACGAAAUCACAUGCAAUGGAUCCAUAAAGUAAAAAUACAUCCAAAGAUGAUCUACAACAGACCUCCAUUAAACUGCCAGAAAUGCCAAUUUCGAUUUUUCACAGAUCAGGGUUUGGAAAGACACUUACUGGGAUCUCAUGGACUUGUCACGUCCAGCAUGCAAGAUGCGGCAAAUAAAGGAAAGGAUGCAGGCCGUUGUCCAUCCUGUGGCAGAGUAUAUCAAUGGAAAUUAUUAAAUCACGUUGCUCGAGACCACGGGAUGACAUUAAAGCCAGCACAUCUGUCGUAUAAAUGUACAGUCUGCACUGCCACGUUCGGUAUGUACAAGCAAUUCGAAAAUCAUGUAUAUUCGGCACAUAGUGUCGUGGCGAAGAGAGUGAUGGACAAGAAAAACGCACCGGCAUCACCAUCGUCUAGAUCCAACGAUUCUCUUCUAAAACCGCUGAAAAUCAAUGAUGAAAUCACGAUUAUUCCGCAACCGGCGAAACCCACAACCAGAUCCGGCGCGACUCAAGGCAGAGGAAAAUAGCAAUGAUGAGCUUGAGUGAUACUUGUGUCUCAUCUGGUCGAAUUUCGCAUAACUCUUUGUGGUACUCUCCAUGCCGAUCGUCGUAAACGUAUGGCGAUCAACGUGCCGUGUACAUGUGUAUGUAUACUAUUGCUUAAGACGCAAAACACGACAUCUAAAGGAAAAAAGAAAGGAAAAGAAAUCAAUUACGACUACUCGCGACAAGAACUAGUUGACUUCGUAAUAAUAUUCCAUCAAUGAUUAUACCGAUAUAUUUAUUUAAGAAUUUUUAUUGUUGUUAUCGGACCUACAUAAAAAUAGACUGUAAAAACAUUAAAGGGUGGCCUUCAGUCUAACUCCUUGGUUAAUCCUUAUAUAGCAGCGUACUCCCGACCUGUGUAACGCCUAUGUGUGUGUAACGGACUCUCGUGAAAUACCAAGUGUAUCUACACAUUCGAUGUGUGACGCAUAACAUGUCACGCCGCAGUGCAGAUUACUCUCUUUCUCUCUCUCUCUCUCUCUCUCUCUCUUUCUCUCUAUUUCUCUUGCAUAAUGAAUCCUCUAUAAUGUGUAAAUUCUUUUUCUAAGAUAAAUAUAUUCGAAUUUAUUCUAUUUUGUUAUUAUGAUCGCAAACUGCGAGCUAUCCGGGACAAUGGAUUGAAAGCUGUCCUCUUACUUAAUCUCCGAUUUGAUAAGUCGAUAAACAUCAUGUCUGCGAAACAGCUUCCGAGCGAUUUACGAAGUGACAAAUUGUAUUAAUUGACCAGAGUGCCCUCGACUGUCUCGCGAAUCUAUAGUACACAGGUACUAACGACAAAUGUAUACUAUCUACUUGUAUGGAUCUUCCGAUCGUAUACAUACUUUCAUUUCGUCAUAUGUGUCUGGAUGAACAGUUAUCGAAAUUGCUCUCAUACUCUUAUUUAUGACACUUUAUUACAUGAAAAAAAAAAAUAUUAAUUUAUAAUGUACAACAUGAGCAGUCCUCCUUUUUUUAAUCGGACUUGUAAAUUGUAUGUAUUACUAAGUUUGACCCUUUAGUCUCGCGUAAUAUGCUAAGACAGAAAAUAUCCAAUUUUAUUUUCUGCGCUCUUAAUAAGAACAACAAAAAUGUACAUUAACAUAGGAUAUAUAAUAUAAAGAAAUAUAUCAAUAAAAUAGGAUGGCACACA